GAUAUUUUUAUAGAAAUAGUUUACUGUGCUUUGUACAAUAACAACUUUUAAAACAGUUUAUAGCUUAUAACUUUUAGCGCAGUUUAUAGCUUGAACCAUGUGCAGUCUGUGCAAAACAUGAAUAGUGCAAAUGCAUGUAAAGUACUGUGACCAGUUAAAUUUCUAAAUCAAUUAUUUGAUGAAUAAUUAAAUCUCUCUCUCUCUCUCUCUCUCUCUCUCUCUCUCUCUCUCUCUCUUUCUCUCUCUCUGUCUGUGUGUGUGUGUGUGUGUGUCGCGCUGUCUCACAGCUGUCCUCUGUUUGUUGCUCGCUCUUCCUCAAACUGAAUGGAAAUGAAUCUUUUCAUACUUCAGUCUCGUGCAGCAGCGUGUUUGGAUAUAAUUAUGAUUCCAGAUGUAUUCUGCUAAAGUGUAUUUUAGAACUGUUUCAUGAGAAUAGUAGCUCAUCUGUAUUUAAAGCGCACGUUCUUGGAUCUGUAUCUUUGUUUGCUGCUGGCGUUUUCUGUGAACGCGGUCGUCGGUCGGUUUGAUCGGAGCAAAAAGUUCAAAGCAACAACAGAUCACUGUUUUCAGAGACACUGAAAACUGAAACACGGAUUCUGAACGGGUUUGCGAUCUGGUGGAGUAUAAUACACAUUCAUGAACGAGACAGCUGUGUGAGAGUAACGGAAAUGGAAAAUCAACCCCAGACCGAUGAACCGAGGCGAGACUGAUUCCUCACUCUGCGUCCCGUUAUUCUGUUCGGGUCUGAAGCGCGCGUCCUCCCGUUACCGAAGUAGUAAACAAGUGUUUGUGUUUUGUUUGUUUGUUUUUCGGUCAUGGGCUUUCUGAAAGUUCUUCAGGACUGGUGUCGAGAUGUUUGUGAAGGUUACCCUGAUGUUCUGGUCACAGACAUGAGCUCUUCAUUCACAGAUGGACUGGCUUUCUGUGCGAUCAUCCACAGACACAGACCCGAUCUACUAGAUUUUCACUCACUGUCCAAACACAAUGUCUACGAGAACAUGCGUCUGGCGUUUGACGUUGCGGAGCGUGAGCUGGGAAUUCCUGCUCUUUUAGAUCCGGAUGAGCUGGUGUCUGUGGAGGAGCCGGAUCAUCUGUCCAUCAUCAUUUACGUCUCUCAGCUCUUCUGUGUUUUCAGAAAACACUCUCAUGACAGUCAGAAGAUUCCUGUGAACAAUGAAUCCAGCAGCACAAAACCCCAAGAUCAGACUCACACUAGGAAUGAAGGACGUCUUUCCACCUCAUCAGAGACUGACAUACAAGAACCUCCCAAACCUGCUCCCAGAAAGAGGAAAGAGCCUAAGGAACCUCCUCGCCCCGCCCCCAGAUCACCAGAUCAUUGCCCUAACAACGUCUCGUUUCGGAGUGUCAUCCGUAAGGAACAUCCCUGGAUGAAGCUGAUUAAUCCGGGUCCCUGGUCUCGUCUUCCACCAGCUCCGGCUCCAUACGCUCAUUCACGCCACCAGCCCACGACCUUUAACCCCUUCCUGGAGAAAAAGGAGGACAAGUCCAAUGAUGAGGAGACAAAUGUUUUCAGUUGCGAAAACUCAGUUACACAAAAACCCCAAACCUCAUCUUCAGUUCCCAGCAUGCACCAGGCUGCAGCCCAUGUUCAUGGUUUCCCGCUCAUCAAGAGGAAUGUGAACACACACACACGCAUUUCAGAUGACCAGGUGUGUGAGGAGCAGAAGGAGCUGGAGGAGCGUCUGCUGGAGCUGGAGAGGAGAGGAUUGCAGCUGGAGAGAGAGAUGAGCAGAUGCACCAACGAGAACCUUCUAGUUAAGUGGUUCCUUCUGAUUCAUGAAAAGAGCAUGUUGGUGCGCAGAGACACAGAGCUGGUGUAUAUGGUGAAGCAGCAGAAUCUGGAGGAUGAACAGGUUGAUGUGGAGUUAGAGAUCAGAUACCUCUUCAACAAACCAGAGCAGGACUGGAGCUCUGACGACAGACAACAGGAACAGCAGCUGAUGUCACGCCUGCUGUCAAUCAUCCAGCAGAGAAAUUAUAUCAUCAGCAGCCUGGAUCAGGACAGGAAGAGGGAGGAGGAGGAGGAUGAGAUGCUGAUGGCUGUGAUCCAGAGGAUGGGUCACACAUCAGAAAUGGAACCGAAUGCACAUUUAAACCUGAUUUUACUGGGGACAGCAAAAGCUGGAAAGAGUGCGUCAGGAAACACAAUACUGGGACGAAAAGCUUUUGUGACAAAAGGCAAACGACAUGUUGCUGUUGUAUCCGAGACCGUCUUUGGGAUUCCAGUCACUGUUUAUGACACACCAAGAUUAUGUGAGAGUCAGAUCAACGAGAAUCAGAUGCCACUCCAAUAUAAGAGUAUUUUCCAGAAGUGUGAAUCUGGUCCCUGUGUGUUUCUGCUGGUCAUCAAAGCCGACAGAUUCACUGCAGAAGACAGAAGAACUGUGGAGAAGAUUGAGAGAUUUUUGGGACCAAACCGCUUGAAUAAAACCUGGAUUCUCUUCACCAGAGGAGACAAACUGGAUAAAGGAAACACAACAAUAAAAGAAUUUCUUGAGAGAAAUGAAGCAUUGGAGACACUUGAGAAGUAUGAUCAGAGAUACCAUGUGUUCAAUAACAUGAAGAAAGGACCAAGUGACCAGGUUAAGCUGCUGCUUGCUAAAAUUAUCCAAACAUCAUGUCUGGUAAAUGCAUCAGAAGGAGGGAUGCUGCCCAGACGGAUCACAACAGUCACAACAUUCACUCGCGAUCUUGAUGUCAUUAACCGUUCAUCUAGAAGGAUUGUUCUUCUGGGUAAAACUGGUUGUGGCAAGAGUGCAUCUGGAAACACAAUACUGGGACAGAAAGUGUUUAAAUCUGAGGUUAGCUCAAAUUCAGUAACCUGUCAAUGUUCAGUCAAUCAUGCCACUGUUUCAGGUAGAUCUGUGUCUGUAUUUGAUACCCCUGGGUUCUUUGACACACGAGAUGAGGUGAACACAUAUGAUCAGGUAAAGAAAGAGAUGGCAAGAAGUGUUUAUUUGUCCAGUCCUGGACCUCACGCUUUUCUCAUUGUUCUGCGUGCAAAUGACAGAUUCACUGAACAUGAGCAGCAGAUUCCUCAGAUGAUUGAGAUGAUGUUUGGUCAGGAGGUGUUAAAAUACUCCAUCAUUCUCUUCACUCAUGGAGAUCAGCUGGUAGGAGAAACCAUUGAGGAGCUCAUUAAGGAGAACAGUCAAUUAAGACAUCUAGUUCAAGAGUGUGGAGGCAGAUAUCAUGUCUUCAACAACAGAGAUCAGAAUAACAGAGAGCAGGUGACAGAUCUGCUGAAGAAGAUUGACACAAUGAUAGAGCAGAACGGAGGAGGAUACUACAGUAAUCAGAUGUAUGAAGAUGCUCAGAGAUACAGACAGAGAGAGGAAGAAUGGAGAAAACAACAAAUAGACAUUGAAAGAGUAAGAAUCCAAAUGCAGAAAAUGAAUACAGAGUAUGAAGCUCAGAAAAAAGAAGUGGAAAGACUUAAAGCAGAGAGACAGAGAGAGGAAGAUUUGAUAAAACAACAGGAGAAUGCUGUUGGAAAGGGAAAAGGCCAAAUGUUACACAGAGCACAAAGUAACCCUGAAUUUGAAGAAUUUUAUAGGCAGUAUGAGCGUAGGUUCAGUUUUUCAGCUUUUAUAUCUGGUAUGAAACAUACUGGUGCAGUUGUUGGUGGUGUUCUUGGUGCAGCUCUUGGAGCUAUUGGUGGACCUGCUGGUGCAGUUGUUGGUGCAAUUGCUGGUGGAGCUGCUGGUGCAGCUGUUGGUGGAGCUGUUGGUACAAUGUACAGUGUUUUUAAUGAGUAACGUGGAACAAAUUCUCAUGGCCACUAGUGGAGGAAUCCUAAAAUCACAUUUUGACAAAAACCAUCUACUCUUCAAUUGGGAAAAGGGUCCAGAAGAAUAAGUAAAAGCAUAUUUUUUAAUGAAGGAAUCUUUAGGGAUGUAAGCCACCCAUAAAAUUAAAUAGCCAGACGUUCCCCCCAGUAUUUGAUAUUUGUGAUGCUGCACAUUAUGCAGUGCUCACUUUAUAAGAUUACAAAAGUUGUAAACGUUAAAUUUUUAGGCUCGUCUUCUGCAGUGCUCUAACAACAUGCUCAUUAAUGUCCAAAUGAGUGAGAUGGCCAAUCAAAUCAAAGAAGGCAGGCCUUUACACAAUAGAUGAGCAUGAAUUCCAACAUGAUACUUAGUUUUAAUGGUGGAAGAGUGUGUUGUAAGGUGUAAGUAGCUAAACAUUUGGCUGUUUUAAAAAAUAAAUGCUUAACGACUGACAGUAAAGCCCAAAGUAUACUUCAUUUUUCUAUGUGUACAUUAGCAUAUGCGAACAGCCGAACACAUAGCCUAUCAAAGCAGAGACAGACUUAGAAUUGAGGAAAGUGGCCACUUACCCAGGGGAAUCACGGAAUACUGAAGCUCAGGGACGUGCAGAGAGUUCCUCAGGGACAGGGGUUCAAAUGUAAAAUAGAGGCAGGGUAAAUAAUAAUAAAAAUUAUAUUAAAAAAAUUAAUAAAUAAAUAAAAUUAUAGGUCAAAAGUUUGGAUACUUUAUUAAUUUACAUUACCAAUUGUUUUGCAAGAAGUCACAUAUGGUCAUCAAGCCUGCAUUUAUUUGAUCAAAAUUUUAAUAUGCAAUGCUGAUUUAUCAAUACUGGAAACCUGUGAUGCUUUUUUUUUUUUUUUUUUUUUUUACAGGAUUCUCUGAUUAAUAAAAAGUGAAAAAAGAAGAAGAAAAAAUAACAACAUUUAUUUAAAAUAUAUGUUUUGUUACAAACUACCAUUCAAAAGCUUGAGGUCAGUAUUUUUUUUAAUAACGUGUUUUUAUUCAGCAAGGAUUUGUUAAAUUGAUAGAAACAGUGAUAGUAAAGCUUGAUAUUGUUAGAAAGCAUCUCUGUUUUGAAUAAAUGCUUUUUAUUUUUAUUUUUUUUUAUUCAUCAAUGAACCCCAGAAAAGAAGAUUAUUAAGCAGUUUCCAACACUGAUAAUAAAUCAGCAUAUUAUAAUGAUUUCUGAAGGAUCAUGUGACACUGAAGACUGGAGGAAUGAUUUCAUCUAUAAAUAAAAGAUGUUUUAAAUUAUUUUAAAAAUAGAAAAGCAUUAUUUUAUAUUGUAAUAAUAUUUUUAAAUGUUACAGUUUUUUUGUAUUUUUUAUUAAAUAGAUUCAUUCGUGAUGAUUAUAAGAUUAUAUGAUUAUAAGUGUUCCUGUAGCUCAACUGGUAGAGCACUGUGCUAGCAAGCUAUCAAGCGCAAGGUUGGGGGUUUGAUUCCCCGGGAACACAUGAUAUGUAAAAAUUGAUAGCCUGAAUGCACUGUAAGUCGCUUUGGAUAAAGCGUCUGCUAAAUGCAUAAAUUUAAUUUUAAUUUAAUUUAAGAUACUUGUAUAAUGCUGCAUAAUUAUAGGGCUUACUUGGGCUUCAUUUACUAUGAUAAUUUCAUGAAAUGCUGAUUGGUGUUGGCUAGGGAUUUUGUACACAUCAUAAUAUUAAUUAUAAUUAAUUAGGGCCGGGACUUUAACGCGUUAAUUGAGAUUAAUUAAUUACACAAAAAAUAACGCGUUAACUAAGAUUAAUUAAUUACAGAAAAAAAAUUCCCGCAUUUUUAAUAACUUAUUUUUGCACCGCGGAACGUUUCUCACUGGAUGAGUUUCGGCGGACCGAUCAUACUGGAGCACCAACUCGCGUUCGCAUAUCACCACAGCAGCACAUCGAGCCUCAAGUAUCACCUCAACGCAAAACAUAUAGCAGCUAGCGUGGACUUUACACUUUAUGUUGAACUAUGUAUUAUUUUGUUGGUGCAACAGUUUAUGUUGAACUCGUUAUUGUUUUGGCCAAGGUUAUUGAGAGUUGGACUUAGUAUGUUAUGGCCUCUGAAGCAGCAGAGAGAUGUUUUCUAAUAGUCAGUGUUUCCAAUGUUCUGAAUGUAAUUGACAGUAUUGUGUUUUACUUAAAAACACUUUACAGAAGGUUCCAGCACCUAUAAGCUUCCUGAAUUUCUGAAAUGUACUAUUUCUAAAUUGUUUCUAAAUAUGCUAUUGCUACACUUCAUGGCAAAAAUUGCACUGGUCUGCUAGACUUGGUUGAACAAAAAAAAACAAUAUUUUGUUGCUUAAGCUUAUGUAUUCAGUCAUUAUUUAAUGGUAUACUAUAAAUCCAUGUGAAAAAAAAAAUACUUCUCACUGUUCUCAGGUCAAAUAUUUAUCUGCGAUUAAAAUGCGAUUAAUUUCGAUUAAUUAAUUACAAAGCCUCUAAUUAAUUAGAUAAAAAAAAUUUAAUCGAGUCCCGGCCCUAUAAUUAAUACAUUUAUGCAUUUAGCAGACGCUUUAUCCAAAGCGACCUACAGUGCAUUCAGGCUAACCAUUUUUACCUAUCAUGUGUUCCCGGAGAAUCAAACCCCCAACCUUGCACUUGAUAAUGCAAAUACUCUGAGCUACAGGAACUAAAUUGAGUUACAGGAACACUGAAUAAAAUAAAUAGGAAUAAUUAAUAUGCAUUUUGUUUUAUUGAACACAUUAUCAUUGCUAUUUGUCUGAGAGGGGCACUUUUGAAUCAUUUUGAAAAAGGGCAGGGGCUUGUGCCCCCAAAGCCCCCUACAUUAACUAAUUUCUCUAUCUAAUGCUGUCACCUCACGUGACCAAAAAAAAACAAAAACAUAUGACUCAAACCCGAAGACUCGAGAGAUUAACUUAUCAAUACUUUCUGGUUUAGACUGCAUUUGUUAAGCUUAUGGGGCUGUCACGCGAUGAACGAGUGACUCGAAAAACCCGAAGACUCAAAACAUGUGAACUUAUUCAGUGCAGAACCUAUAAGUUGUAUACCCUGAUGUAUGCCUUCAGAACACUUGUAAUACGGAAUGAGUAGCAUAAGAUCAUUUUGAAAAAAAGAUUUGAAUCCUUUUCAUAAAGAUCAGUUCAAUUCAUUAAAUGCCCAAGUUGAAGCAUUUUUUUUAUAUUGUCUUAUCUUGUGAUCCGAAAAAAAUAUGCCUUGUACAUGGCUUUAGAAGUUAAGAGGUAAAUAAACUAUAUAAUAUAUGAGAGAGAGAGAGAGAGAGAGAGAGAGAGAGAGAGAGAGAUAAGGGUUAGUUGUAAAAGAGCACAUAGUUAUUGUGUUGGGGCUCCAUACCUGAAAUUUACUUAGGGCCCCCAAAUCACUAAGUCAACCCCUGUUUCAAAUUAUAAUUCAUUUAAUAGUGUACAUGAACGCUGGCAGUCAACACACUCUAGAAACCUUCCUCUUAGUUCAGAGUAUGUGAUAUAUUUCUCCAGAAGUUAUGACCAAUAAAAUGUAUUUUUACUCCUUUAAAUUAAAAUUGCAGCAAUAUCUAAAAACUCUCAUGUCUGAUUAGUUCUCUUCUGUAUCAGCAGCCAAUGAGUUUGUUGGUCAACACUCAAAUACUUGGCUAGUGCUUGCCGUAGCAGUUGCAGCGUACAUUUGAAACCCUCCACCUUCCCCAGCUCCACCUGUAUAGAUCUGCUAUGGAGUGAUUCAUGUAUGUUUUAUGGAGGUUAUUUAUAUAUGUUAAAUCUGCAGCAGCAGUGUUUCCUACAUGCUCACAGCAGUAUGUUGUGGAUGCAUUGAGCAGCAGUAGAGUAUCAGAUCUAUUCUGCCAAGACCACAUACAUUAACAUUGUCAUGUUCAUUAAUUACCAUGCCAAUCUUUUUCAGUCAUUUCUAAAACAUAUCAAAUGUUGAAUUUCAUUAUGCUUAUAAGAUUUAAAGCGUGUUUAGCCAUUUUUGCUUUUUGUUGAAAUUAAAUUUUUGUUGUUGUUGUUGAUUUCACAUAUCUCAUUUUUAAUUUGUUAAUUUCUUCUGCUGCAUCUGUUAGACCAUUUAACCUGUCAUUAGUUAAUUUGAUUUAUAAAUCUAGUUUGAGUGUUUUGUAUGAUUUUCUCUGACUGAAUUAUGUAUCUUGUGAUGCUUUUAACCAGCUUUUUGCACUGCCAAAUGAAAUAAAUAUGUAUGAAUGCAUACUGCAUAUUU